GAAUACAAAUCUGUGUGCGCUGUUACGCAUCGGUAAUUGCGCUUUUAUGCAUGUUAAGAAUUAAUGAUAAGGUGAGCUUUUACGCGUGUGUGGACAUUGUGGUCUCAGUCAUGACCCUCUCCAAGGAGUUUGAAGCGUCCCAGCAGACUAGCUUUCCCCUGGACGCAAAUGAGGUAGACGUUGUUGGAGACGACGAGCCUCUCCAUGGCCAGCUUCGUCUCUAUCGGACCGAGAACACCACCGAACCUAGCUCAUCCGCCGAGUCCAGCGCCGAACUGGACUGCUCUGAGUUCGACUCGUCCGGGGAGAGCGAGAACAGUUUCUGUGCAGACGCGCCUUCAUCGGGGAGACCACAGAACGGUUCUGUAAAGCCCCCGUAUUCCUACAUCGCUCUCAUCACCAUGGCGAUCCUACAGAGUCCUCUGAAGAAACUGACACUGAGUGGCAUCUGCGACUUCAUUAGCAGCAAGUUCCGCUACUAUCUGGAGAAGUUUCCGGCGUGGCAGAACUCCAUCAGGCACAACCUGUCACUCAACGACUGCUUUGUAAAAAUUCCGAGGGAGCCUGGAAACCCAGGCAAAGGCAACUACUGGUCUCUGGACCCCGCAUCUGAGGACAUGUUUGACAACGGCAGCUUUCUCCGGCGCAGGAAGAGGUUUAAGAGAAACCAGCCGGAGUGUGUGAAAGAUGGACUCAUGUUUUACCCAAACUUCAGCUGUUACCGGCCUUACGUGCGACCUUACUGCGUCCAAGGCCAAGUGAGCGCACCGGCUGCCCCACUCCCGUAUAUGCCCGUUCAGGACGGGCUUGUGAUGCCACCUUCAUCCUACUUACCGUACCCGAGAAUAAGCAGCAGCGGUAAGGUUGUUUCCCCCAGAGACUUCAGAAAUCAACUUUACGCAGCAACACCUGCAGAACAGAAGCCUGCGCGCGAUACCCAGAUAAAGUGUUCAUUCAGUAUUGACAGCAUUAUGAGUAAAACCUCUCCUUCUAUACCACAGAACACAAAUCCACAGAACUCCGACUCUCAUUGUUCUAUUGACUAUGGUAAUCUCCUCACGGGCCCCGCUAGUUGUUUCGUUCAGCCUGCGUCCUCCUCCAAGGACUCCAUUCUGCCCAAGUGCAAUGUUGAGCGCACCCCCUUUAAUAACAGAGGGUAUUCAAAUGUCUUAUCCUCGUUGUUAAAGUGUUUGUUUGUAGUAGCUAUAACCAAAUAAAUAUCUGUGUCUAAGUGAUACAAUUCUAUAGGCUUAAUGGAGAGACGUUUUACACAUUUCUCAGAGAAAUGAUUUAAACUGCAUGUUAUUUGUGUUCAUUCCAUGUUGAAUAUGUCAAAAGAGGUUCAUGUAAAUAAGAAGGCUGAUAAUAUAUUUGUUAAAAUAUGGUGUCAAUGUGAAAAUGGAAAUAAAAGUGGAAACACUUUUGCCAAUUGUAUAGAAAAUAGGCCUACCAUUGUAUUGUGAUUUUCCCGAAUGUUUCGACAUUG